AUGACCGUUGUCGAGUACAUUAGCUGGCCCGAAUUACUGAAGAACACCAUUGUCACAGCUCAACAUGGUAAUGACGGCAACCGAAUUGCCACGGCAACCAAGACUUUGCAACAAGCAGCUCACCAACUCGUCAAGGUGCUCAAUGAACGUGCAAGACUUUUCGCGAACAGUGCUCAGUUUAGUACAGCGUUACGUGAUGCAGCAGCCAUAAGGGCCAUGUUACCAGGAUCAGGGCUUGGAUACUUGUGUAUGGGAGACGUGCGCUAUCAACAAGGACGUUAUGCAGCAGCCAUUGCCAUGUACGAUCAAGGACUUCAAGCAGCACCUGAAUCAGAUCCAUAUUAUCAGCAGCUUCAUCAACAACGCGAGAAAGCAAUGACCAACAACAACAGCAAACGCGUCGACUUUAUCAGCAAGUUGCCAUUGGAUAUUGUCAUCACCAAUAUUGUACCAAGGAUGGAACCAGUACUCACGUCAGCAAUGUCAUUCGCGCCUCUUGAUGUAUCACGUACGUGGCGGGAGCGUAUCUUGAAGCACCCUAAGGGCUUACACUUUGGCUUUGAUGAAUUCCAAUUCAAUAGGGACAAAGAGCUGAUUGUCCAGUUUGCGCCCUAUAUUCAGAGCUUAGCAGGAUUAAUGUUCGAGCUUCAUUUGGAUGAUUUCUUUUCUGGAUUACACCUUCCCAAUCUUAAGAACCUAGCUAUUUACUGCCGUGGGGCCACGCCACGUCGUCCAUUAAUGAAUGGUCUACAAAUGGUGGCUGAUUCGCUCACUCAUUUGGACAUUAAGGGUUGCCCUUAUAUCCAGUUACGUGACCUCGUGGAACCAUGUCCGAACCUUGUAUCUCUGAUUGCAGCUGAUGUGGAGCUUGUUAUGCCUUCGUUGCCUUCGUCACGUUUUCCCAAUAUGUCGCAUUUGUCACUUUACGAGAUAGAGGAAACAGAUCUCACGUACAACAACAUGAAUGAUGUCCUCAGCCGGUUUCCUUCUUUGUUGUCAUUGGAGAUUACGCCUGAACCUGAAUCUAGGGUGCUGACUCUUCUACAUGAGCAUUGUCCAUAUCUACAGGAUUUUUUUUGUUGUUAUCGCAGCGAUGAUAUACACAAUUACAAUUACGAUGUCCGUCCAAAUCGAAAAGGGAUCACUUCGGCUCAUCUAGGAGGAGAAUAUGUACAAGACGACCUGAUACAAUUUCUACAUCUGCACCGGCAUACAUUGGAAACGAUUGUAUUUGGCUGCUGUAAUAUUGAUGAUAACAAUUGCUAUUGGAAAUUGGAGAAUGGACACGUACUACAGGCGCAUGGCCAUCGUCGAGAUAUGCCUACAAGUUUACUCCCUGAAAAUGAUCCAACUCAAACGAAGACUACAUUCACACGACUUGUCAAUGUAUCUUUUUCGGAUGAAGAUCCAACACCAUCUCCUUGUUUUAUGUCAUGGUUGUUAUCGAAUGCGCCCAAUCUCAAAACCAUCGAUCUCAAUGAACCCUUUUUUCUGCCUGUUGUCUCAAAUGCGCUGAUCAAUAUGAGGCACCUUUCAAAGUUGGAAAUUACCAUGGUUGCGGGCACUGAAGAGUUUUACGAUCCCAUCAUUUCGUUCAUGAAGCAUCAUAUUGCAAUGGAGGAUCGGUCAACGCUCGAAGAAAUGAUCCUGCAAAUAGAUAGUAGGAGUAUGUAUACAAUAGGAUGGCUAGGUUUGGUUUCUCAAAUGAAGCGUCUCAAGCAUUUAAAAUUGGUCGCGAACGUCAUUCCCAAAUACUCCUUACGACUAUUGGAGAACAUUGGUCGAGAUUGCCCCUCGCUUGAAAGCUUGACGGUCGGUACUAUACAGGGAUCCGAUGUUACUGAUGGCGUCAUAAGGGCUUUGUGUCAACAUCCCAAGCUUAAACGUCUCACGAUUGGAACUAGAUCAAUAUCAGCCGCCGACCUUUUCGCCUUGCCUACGUUUCCUAGUCUAGAACGUCUUCGUCUUCAAAAGAGUACUCCAGAUUCGACCAAAGACAUAUUACGUCAAUACAUUCCAAAAGCCAUUAUUGAAUAA